UUGGCCUAUGGUGAAAUGAAAAAUGAAAUACGUCCCACUAAAAAGGAUUUGGAUAAACGGAUUUCCGAAAUGCAAGAAAAGCAUGCCGAGACUGUUAAUGAACUAGAAGAAAUGAUACAAAGUCAAAAGCAACUCAUGGAUAAAUUAACCAAUGAAUGUAAAACAUUAACGAAUAAAUUAGAAGAUACAACUUUAAAACACAAAACGGAAAUAUCUUCAUUACAAUCCAAUGUUGAAUAUUUAACAAAUCGCAUGUUAAACAGUGAUCGUCUUGGUAAAUUAGAUAAUACACCAACAUCUUAUAAUAGUUUACCCUCAACAGCAGGCAAAGCCUCUCUCGACUACAAGCCGUCCACAUUUGGCACAACCAACAACGAUCCUCCACGAUCCAUUACAGAUGACUACAGCAGCAAGACCAAUCCCUACAGCUACGACUCCAUACUGGGAAAAACAACAGCCGGUGAUACCAACACAACAACAGCAUUACCCACCUCCACAACAGCUUCCUACGAUAAUGACUACAAGUCCAAAUAUGAAUCACCCAAUAGCGCAUACGACUACAAAACAUCAGCAAUCAAUGACAACGAUGACGAAAAUCUCAAAGACAACAUUGGCGAAGGAGAGAAAAAGCAGCAGCAGCAGCAGCAGAGAGACCCAAAUGUUGGAGAUAGCAAUACAAACGCAAAUGACACAGCAGGAGACUACACGACCUCGGGAGAAAUACCAGAUGCCACAAAUGUUGCAGACUAUUCGGCAGCCGAUUACAGUGGCUAUGAGGGAUACGAUCAGCAGCAAUAUGAUGCCACAGCCUAUGAUCCCUCCUAUGAUCAGUCACAAUACGGAGGAGAGUCAGCACAAUAUGAUGCUGCAGGACAGGGCUAUGAUACCACAGGCUAUGACUACAAUGCCACAGAUUAUGAUGCCUCUGCAUAUCAAUACGACACCAGUGGAGGACAACAGCCACAAGCAGCAGAGCCAACAACGCCAGCACAAACACCAGUCACAUCUGCUCCUGCAACAGCAGCCACCCUACCAGCAACAGCUGCAACCACAGGCCCUAGCUCUGGGUCUACAGGACCAACAGAAGGCCGAGCUCAAUCGCGAACGAGCAGUGGCCCUGUGGGGCCAACAACUACAGCUGGAGGAGUCUCCGGCUCAAAACCCUCUCUGCCACAACAGUCUUCCACGCCAGCAACCAAAAAGUAGUUGCGAUCCCCAACUCGAUCUAACUACAAACCUAACUAAUGAUUGUAUAGAUCCCUUUGAUUUGGAAUUUAGCAUAAGUAGUCCAAGUUUAAUGCGUUCCUUUGGUUCCGAUACCUGUACCGAAGUCGAUGAUAAUGAAUCUUUUGAUGACCAAAAACUUAGCAGUGAUUC